AUGGAUAAAUUUUUCAAAAGGGGCGGCGCAGAAGCUUCUAAACAGAAAACUCCAGGAGCAUAAUCAGCCAGCACUAACUAGGACAAGGAAAUGAAGGAUCUUACCUAGACUAAUGCUACUCCAUAGAAACCAAAGUUUACUCCUUGGGUCGAGAAAUAUCGUCCAUCUAAAGUUGAGGAGGUAUCUCAUUAAGUUGAAGUUGUAUCAGCAUUAAGAAACAGUAUCCUUACUGGUUAAGUCCCUCAUUUGAUGUUUUAUGGGCCUCCAGGUACUGGUAAGACCUCAACUAUCCUUGCCCUCUCUAAGGAAUUAUUCGGGCCAGAUUUCUUUAAGUAAAGAGUUAUUGAGCUUAAUGCCUCUGAUGAGAGAGGAAUCGCAGUUGUCAGAGAAAAAGUUAAGAAGUUCGCUUAGAAAAAGAUUGCUAAGCAUCCAGAUUCAUCAUUCCCAUGUCCUCCAAUCUAGAUAGUAAUUUUAGAUGAAGCAGACUCAAUGACUAUUGAUGCUUAAGCAGCUCUUAGAAGAAUCAUUGAGCAGUACUCAAGUAACACUAGAUUCUGUAUUAUUUGCAACUACAUCUCAAAGAUCAUUGACCCAUUGGCUUCAAGAUGCGUUAAAUUUAGAUUCUCACCCAUUGGCAAAGAAGCUUAGAUUGAAAGACUUAGAAUGAUUUGUGAUAGAGAAGGAGUAAAUGUAGCAUCUGAUGAUGUUCUAGCUUCUCUUGUUGAUAUUUCUGCAGGUGAUUUGAGAAGAAGCAUUAAUACUCUUCAAACUGCAAGUACUUUCAAGCUAUAAAGCUUACAAGUAAAAGAUAUUGCUAAUAUAAGUGGUAUUGUUCCAGAGGAAACUAUAAAAAAGGUUGAAAAGGUAUUGACUACAACAGAGGGCUUCGGUGAUGUUUAAUCCUUAACUCAAGAAUUAGUAUUAGAUGGAUUUGAUGUACAAUAGUUAAUGUAUCAAAUUCUAGAGACCUUUAUUGCUAACGAAAAAAUUCCAGAUCUUGUAAAGGCGAAAAUAAGUGAAGUUAUAGCUGAAGCUGAUACCAAAGUACUCUAAGGUGGAGAUGAAGAGCUAAACUUGCUGUACACUCUAAGUACAAUGUCCAAGAUUAUAAGAGGAUAAUGA